AUGCGUGAUGUGGAUGGACUAGCGUCCGUCAUUGAUUGUAUUAAGGAACCGGAUUAUAAUCACAUUCUUGGUAAAGAUUCCCCAUCGUCCAAACUUUUGUACUCGAAAGACAUACCGGUUUACAAGGAGUGGGUGGAGCCGUACGCGUAUGCAGAGAGGUACAACGAGCAACUAACGGUGACCCUCGAGGAGGACGAGUUCUCGCAGAAACAGCGGCUCGCGUACCGCCUCGAGCAGGUGCACGGGCUGAUCGCGCAUGACUAUAACGUGUGA